UGGUUUUUUUUUAAGAAUAAUUUAUAGUAAUCAUUUCUCUAUGUGAUUAUAGUUGUAAAUAUCAUUUUUAAGUGUAAUUUUAUGUGUGCUACAAACAUUUAAAAAAAUCAAUUGUAUUUGAUGACGUACGAUUCAAGAAACCGACACAAUUCCGGCAACUCUCCAACUAUAGAGUUAAUAGCAAAAUAGAAACAUAUAAAGGUCUGAGAUCGCAAAAAUGAUAUAACGUAAAGGACUAAUAAGAGCGAAGUGUUGAUUUUCGUGUGUAAUAUUAUUCACACGAAUCUUCUAGUAAGCGUUAUGUAAACACAAUAACAUUUCCAAUAAUCUUGAGACAUUUCGAACCUUUUUUCCAGCAAAAAAAAUAGAGCACAUAUAUGUACAAACAUGAUCCAUUUGUGCUACAAUAAGCACCAAAGUGAAUGUAAAGCCUUGUAAGAGAUUCUUGUAAAAGUAAUUUUCAAUUAAUUGCAUUUGAGAAAUAGAUCUUACGUUAUUAAUAUAGAAGCGAUCAGUGAAACGAGUUAAGAGACGCAUGCGUCUUGAAUUACAUUUAUUUACUAUAUUGAUCCAAUCGUCAUUAAAGUUUCUGCGGAACUAAUUGUAAAAUUAAUGCGGAAAUCGGCGUGUUUGGAACAGAAAUAUUUGCUAUGUAAAAGACGUGAGUGCGCGCGCCAAGAAAUAUCUAUUGAGGAAGUGUUCGCGGAAGAAAAUUAACGCGGCAUGACGCAUCUUUCCCGGUAGACAGGAUGUUGGACUAACACCACCUUAGUAUGGAUGUGUUUAAUGAUUUAUCGAUUAGCUCGGAGAUUCGGUUUUUUCCUUAAAGCAACAUUCGCUUUGAGAAAAUUGCCGCACAAAGCUCGAUAGUUCCGAAAGAUCAUUGCUCGCUUCCCCCCUCGAUUCUUUUUCAACAUAGACUUAAACAAAUAGACUGAGUGCUUCCACAAGAGGCCGUAAAGACUUGAUUAGAAAGUGCCGAAGGCGAUCUAUCUUUGUCUGGCUCGGCUCUUAUUGGUGAAAUCCAACGGAAGUGGGAAACUUUUCUUUCCGUGCGACGAACAUAGUUCGCCCGCGAACAGUGGCAGAGGACUGUAGUUAUCUUCAAAACUCUUAAAAGAGAGGCGUUAUCUCUAUAUGUACGUUUGGUUCGAUUUGAACACUUUAAUCCUUAUUCUGAACUCUCUUUUAUCGGCAAAAGUACCUCGCUGAAUGUGUCUUACAAGCUUUUCGAUUGGCUUUUGAGCACAUUUAGAGAUACUCUUGUCGAUAAAAGAAAAUUCAGAAUAGAGCCCUUUUUCUUGAAACAUUUUGGAGCCGAUGUACAACAGGCGGAUUAGUCUUCAAUAAUUGUCAGAAGAUCCAUUUUGUUAUUAGAAAUCGUAUGUUUCGAAACACAUCAGAAGAAAUUAUUGAAAUUUUUCUGCUUUCGAGAUUGCGUUCUCAAAUAUCCUUUUCGAGGAAAAUUUUACUGUAAAUAUAUAGUUCACGUUACAUAUGCUAUGGAUUUUCAGUAAAAUUUUCCUCAAAACGGAUGCUUUGAAAUACAACACAAGUGUACAAGUCUAUGUUAUUUGAAAUAAAUAUUAACGCGUUCAAAAUAUGACAGUAACCGGCAACUGGCAUGAUACUAUUGUAUUUCAAUGAGUUAAAUACACAUGAGCAUAAAAUACACAUAAUUGCAUUUGAAGAAUUGGUUGUACGUUGCUAAUAGAGAGCCAAUGAAAAGGGAUAAAAUACAUUUGCGUCUCGAAUUACAUUUAUUUACCGUAGCUAUCACAAUUCAAUCGUCGGUUAAAUUUUUGUAUAACCAACGGGAGUUAUGGACAUAAAGAUUGACGCAUUUUUUUGUAAUACGUUUUUGGAAUACAUCGACAAUAAAUAGGAAAAUCUAUCAUUUAAGAAUUUUCAGAAAAAAAACAAAUUCUUCCAUUAAUCUUCAACUAUAUUCCGAAGUGCGUUGAAGAGAACGUGUUCGAACCGUUCUACAAACGAAUAUUCGAGGCAUGACCUUAAAGUAGGUAGCAGGAUGCUGAGUCCUCAGCUUACAAUGUUGGCUUUUGUGAGACUUGAACAUUUGGACAAAAUAUUUUAUGGCUUAUCAACUUCCGUAAAGGAACCGAGGAAGUUUCAAAAUAACGCAAAUCUGUUUGCAAAUCUUGAUUUUAUUGUGCUAUUAUCUUCUAGCUGAAUAAUUUUCUAUACCUCUGGAAAGGAUUUGUUAAAAAAUAUUGAUUCUCAACAAAAUUAUGGUAAUUCAAAGCUCCGACAGAUCCAGAGUGAUCCAGAGUUGUAUUGCAAAAAGUCUGACUGUGCACAGAGGAUUAACUUUUACGACAGUCCGAACAGUUUUUUUGGACGAUGAUUUUUAUAGUUCUUGAACUAGAACUUUUUCAUGUACGUCAAAAAGUAGAAUAGUAAAAAACAUGACAUUCUCGUCGCAGCUACUAUAGUGGCUUUCCAAAGACUGUAUUAAAACUGGGUUAAAAGUACGAAGUUACGAUUUUAUAAAGAUAUUUUGUUGUUGUGCAUCUCAGUUUCGGCCUAACCGCCGUUACGUUAAGACGUUUGAAUACGUUUGGACCUGAUUUUUUUGAAAUUCGUACCUCGGUACCUUGGAUGAAAGGACAACAGAAAUAAGUCCAAGUAAAAUAGUAAGAAGAAGAAGAAGAAGAAGAUUAUACAUCUCGUUCGUAUCGUGCUCUUCGCCCUUUUGAAUACAUGGUGUCGAUCGCGCGAGUGGCGCAGUCGACGAAUAAUUCAGCACUGUGCGCUGAAACCUAACCUAACAUAACGUACCGGCGGGCGAAGCAAGCAUCGUAACGCGCAUGCGCGAAUCACCAUUUCUGCUACCUGUGCGAUCUUAACCUCAAACGUCACGUGUGUGAGAUUCUUAACCUCUCGAAUCUCGCGACCGGGCUGCGAUUUUCCAGUGAGCUUGCGAAACGAACGCUGUAGAGUCGAGUGGUCGCGCUGAGAAGCUGGAGCGUGCGGCUGUACGGGCGUGUGUACGUGCGUGCGUGCGUAACAGUGAGAAUAGUAGAAAUCUAUAGCUUUUGUCUCUUAAAGUGCUGAGAGAGAAUGCGCACGGUGGAAGUACGAUGCAACCUUACAAGAAACAAGAAUAUCCAACCCAUAAAAGCCAAAAGUUGCAUAGAAGAAAUGAUGAAUCAGAUUCGGCACAGAGAAACUUACCGUGCGCUUACUAUGAAGAAGCGUUGAGAAGUUCGAGGAUGAGGAGCACGAACGAGUGGAUCUAUGAUUAUAACAUGAUGCCAUUUUCGCAACCGAGGUUACAUCCGCGUUACGCGUGGAGCAGCUCAAUGUUCUGUGCACCGCAUAUCCCGACAUAUUCAUACUACCCGGAUCACAGGUUUACCGCGACAAGUUAUGCACCUAUUUAUACAAGACCAACGCAGAGCUACGUCAACAUCAAGAGCAGCAGCCCAGUGUCGCCGAGGACGGUAGGGACGGGAGCGACGUACGUCCCGGGUGGUGCGGCCGCGUCGUCCACGGGGACGGCAGGCACGGCCGCCGUGGCGACUGCUGGUGGCAACGUCGCCGCCGUCGGUGGACCCUCGAUUGCCGUCGUCGCUAGCAGUGGCACUUCCAGUGGUAUUGUCAGUGUCUCCAACGUCAUACCGGCUGGCAGCAGCGGGGGUGGUAGCAGCGCGAACAACAGCGGUGCGAACAACAACAGCGCGAACAACAACAAUAGCGGCGGCGGCGGCGGCGGUGGCAGUGGCGGUGGUGGCGGUGGUGGUGGUGGCAGCGGCGGCGGUGGCGGCGGCGGCAAUGGCGCUGGCGGGGGCGGCGGCAGCGGCGGCGGCGGCGGAGGAACAGCAGGAGGAGGUGGCGGCGGCGUCAGCGUCGGCGGUGGCGGCGGCGGCGGUGGCGGCGGCGGCGGCGCGAGUGCAAGCUCGAGUGCACCCGGUGGCUACGUCGCCGUGCCGAUGCCCGGGGGUUUACGCUACAUUCAUUCCUAUCCGCCAACCUCGGUGUCGACGCCGGCGGUCGCCGCUGUGGUCACUACGGCCUCCUCGCAGGCCGCCCCCGUACCGGUGCCUGUGCCGGUGCCCGCGCCCGCCUCCGCUCCCCCAUCGACCCACCAGCCACCCACCAUCAGCCAAACGCCGCCGCCGCUUACCGGCACUGCCUACGCUGCGAGAGACGCGUAUCGUGCCGGCACCACGAACGUGAACGAGAGGAUCGCCAUCAGCGUGAGCAGCAGUCCUCUGUCGCAAGUUGGCGUGGGCGUCCCAGGAGGAGUGGUAGGAGCAGGGGUGUCUGCUGAAUACGCGGUCAGCGGCGGCAUAGCCGGUAUGGGUGGUAGCGGCAGGGACAGACCUAGGAUAUCCCUACUGCCAUCAGCCGCGUCCGUCACGCCAACACCGUCGCCGACCGCGUCGGAUUAUCAGCAGCAUGUGUCUGCCGCGUCGAGAAACCCGCGGGUAGGCCUUAUGCCCGUCCAACCGGAUCAGUAUUGUAGCCGCACCGCUGCUACUAUCGUUAUGGCCGGUGAUCUGCAGGAUACGCCGCCCUUCAAAAAGAUCCGUCUGGGGCAACCGCACCAACAGGUUCAGCAGUUGCAAUCUCAGCCGCAGUCUCGGUGUCAGAGUCUAUCACCGGCUGAUCCCACUUGCGGCGCUAAGCAGGAGCAACAGCAGCAACAGCAGCAGCACGUUGUACAACUACAACAACCGCUUAGGAUAGAUACUAGGCCUGCCGUGGGUGCGUACACGCCGCAAACAGAAGCAAUUUCUCCUACGCUGCCAGAACCUAAUACACAGGAAGACGUGAACUAUAGAAGUACCAAGGAUGAUCUCUUGCAGCAAAUCGCCAAGGUAGACAGAGAGAUUGCUAAGAGGGAAUCUCAGAUAAGCAAGUUGAGGAAGAAACUGAAAGAGUUGGAAGAAGCAGCGAACAAGCCUCUGGAAGCGAGCGGUCUGAAACGUCAAGUUGAGGAACAGUCGCAGCAACCAAAGCAUCAAUCACUGGCGCAAAAGAUCUAUGCUGAAAAUAGGCGAAAAGCGGAGGAAGCUCAUAAACUCUUGGAAAGACUGGGUCCCAAAGUCGAACUACCUUUGUAUAAUCAACCAUCGGAUACGAGUGUGUACCAGGAGAAUCGUACGCGGCAUCAAACGUGUAUGAGAGCCCGACUCAUAUCGAGGCUCCGGAGAGAACAUGCCGAGCGCACGUCUUUACAUCGGCAACAGUCGCAGACGUAUGCCAUCCUCGUGCAGGAAUGGCAUCGCAAGGUGGAGCGACUGGAGGCGGCGCAGAAGAGGAAAUCGAAGGAGGCGAAGAAUCGCGAGUUCUUCGAGAAGGUAUUCCCGGAGUUGCGGAAGCAGAGGGAAGACAAGGAACGUUUCAACAGAGUCGGCGCUCGCAUCAAGAGCGAGGCCGAUCUCGAGGAGAUAAUGGACGGUCUGCAAGAACAAGAGGAAGAAACGUUGCAAGAAUUUAAAAAAUUCAUUAAAACCCGUCAGAUGGAGGAUAAGAAGAUGCGUUCCUAUGCCGUCAUACCACCUCUGUUGUUGGACGCGAAGCAAAGGAGGAUCGCGUUCCAAAAUCGGAAUGGGUUGCUCCAGCCAGAGGAAUUAGAAGCUCUACACAGCGAACGUAAACUGAUCAACGUUUGGAGUUCCGUGGAGCACGAAUUGUUCAAGGAGAAAUACCUCCAACACCCUAAGAACUUCGGAGCGAUAGCUCAAUCGUUAGAACAUAAGUCCGCUCCAGAUUGCGUACAUCAUUACUACCUCACUAAAAAGGCGGAAAAUUAUAAACAGCUUCUACGGAAGUCGCGCCAGAGGACGCGUAGCUCUCGAAAUAAUCCGAAUAACAAAGUAAAUAAUACCAGCUCUACUAUUGGACCUAUUGAUAUUUUAACGACGGGAGUAACGACGAGGUUACAGCGGGAACAGCAGCAGAAGACACAGGAGAAUCCUCAGAGUAGUUCGACAACAGCAACAUCUACGUCCACAACGAGCACUACAUCGGCUACAUCGAGCGUAUCGUCCGCAACCGUAGUGACCACGACGGCGACGACGACGACGACCUCGUUGAGCUCGAUAACGUCGGGCGUCGGCUUAACGACGGAUUCCGUAACGGCAUCAACGACAACGACAACGACAUCUGUGCUGAACACCACCGCGACGUCGAGCGCUUCGUCGACAUUAACGACAUCUGGCACGAAGGAUUCCAGGGACGUGAGCAAGGAUAUCAAGGUCGAACCGAAGGACUCUCAUCCCAUAAAGGUGGAGUUUGGUUUGAUACCGCAGAUGGAUGUGCCUCUGCCAGGAAAGGAUAUUAAAGUAAUAAUGGAAGGGAAAGGCCCGAUGUCUUCGUCAUCGUCUGCGUUGAACGCCACAAACGUUUCGACCAUUCAGUCAGACUUCAAGGAAUCCAGCAAGAAGAAACCAAGUUGCAGGGACGCAGGUAGCGGUGGUGCCAACGUGGCGACAAGUGGCAGAAUAAAAGAUAAGAAGAAGGAGAAUCACGCCACUCCUAUGGAAACCAGCGACGAGGAGGCACCGACGAUCGACGUAGUCGAGAGCGGUAGACAAAUUGGACCACACGCGUGUACGGUAUGCCAAAAUGUCGUCGAAGGAAACAACCACAGUCGCACGUUGCCGCGUAGCCAGGCGUCGCAGUACGGUCUGCGGGAGGAUCAGGUUCUACCCGGCGCGCGCGUCUGCAACACCUGCAGAUGCAAGGCCGUCCGAGGACGUUACACCGCCUGCCAGUUGCCUGGUUGCCCGAAUCUGCACAACAGUUCGAAGGCCAGGGUGAAGCGAUUGAGAGCGUUGCCGUCGAAGUGGCUCGACCUGCCGCCGGAAAUCCGGGAGCCGAUCGCCCAGGAAUUCCAAAUCCCGAAUAGUGCGACGAAAUGCUGCUCGGUCUGCUUCAGUCGAAUAUCGCGACGUUUGUUGGCGCAUCUCACCGGUGGUGCCGAAGCGUCCGACGACGUAACCGAUUUAAUGUCACGCCAAUGGGCUGAUGAAGAGUUGGAACUACUUCGUAGGGCGCUUCGUGAACACGGCACCAAUUGGCUGAAGGUCGCCGAGCAGAUACCCGGAAAGACGAAUCAUCAAUGCAAGAACUAUUACUUCGCUAACCGAAAGAAGCUGAGUCUCGAUCAGGUCGUAGCUGAGUAUUACCAAUCACUAGGGGAAGAGCGUCGACCGUGUUUAACUGACGAGGAGGAGAGUGGAAGUAGUACGAGUAGUUGCGAUGAAUUAGCCGUUCAUGACUCGAGUGAUACAGCUAGCGCGGGAAGUCCAGCGAACACCAUGACGAGUGGUGCGCCUGUGGUACCUGGUGGUUCCUCAACGUCAUCCUCGUUACCGAUGUCCUUCCAACGAUCCACAGACCAGAAGCUUGGAGAAAAACUCUCGGACAUAGCUGUGGUAUCCCUAGUCCCGUCCGUUGGAUCGUCUCAUCAGUCUUCCAGCAGUUCAGGUACUGCUACAGCAUCAAGUGGCGCCAGAGAGGAUUAUGAUAGUUCAGCCACGGAGACAGCGGACGAAGGUCAGGGAGGUGCUGACUUAGAUAAUAGCAGCGUUGUGGUAACACUAACAAAUGCCAGCAACACAACGUCGUUGCAACAACAGAGUCAGCAGCAGCAGCAACAGCAACAGCAACAACAGCAGCAGCAGCAGCAACAACACCAACAGCACCAACAACAACCACAACCACAACAAACACAAGUCCCGCCCGUAGUCCAUUCUCCACCUUCUACGACGAGCACCGCAAGCCCUAUUACUGUGAAGGAUCUUAUGGUUGGCGUCAUUGAGAUGCAAUUGAAGCGUACAGUACCAAAUAGUCCAGCCGAUAGUGGCUCGUCCGGUUCCAGUAGUUCUGUCACGCCGACGAUAACCAGUAUAUUAAAAUCAGAUCCUCAUCGUCACGAAAUAACAUUUUUGCGUGACUAUAAGCCGUCUUCAAGCAUGACGAACACCGCAAUGUCCAGUAGAGACUCGAAUUUGGCGACGCUAUCUGUUGUGUCUGGACCACAUCACAGUCAUCGUUCUGCUCCCAGCCCACAGCUCGUUCAAAUGCAAGCUACUAUUACUCCUUGUCCCCCUACUGCACCCAGCAGUCAAACCUCGUCGUCGGACAUAUUCCCUAAGGAAGGCUUGGUCGUGAUGCAAGUGCAGCAAGCACUUCGAGAGACUGAGGGUACGCUUGACCUCAGUAUAAAGAAGCCGCGGCAACAACGGGAGUACAAUCAUUCGAUGCAGCCGUUGCACAAGCCACCAACCGGUACACUGUAUCGGCCGGAGCCGCCAUCAGGCGCAUACUAUCACCCUCACGCGCCUCAUACGGAACAAGGUCGUGGCGCAAAGAGUCCUCUUGUGUAUGCGUCGUCACCACGACCGCAAGCACCGCCGAUCACCUCGAAGAUGAACAAGGUGACCGUGCCACCACCUCAUCCCAAACUAUCACCGAAACUAGGCAGCAUGGGUACACCGGGGCAUAAGGGUGGCUCCAUCACGCAUGGCACACCCGUAUCUACCGCUCGUUACGAGGGUUUAUUGCGACAAAUGACACCGCCCGCCGGCGGCAACCCGCCGACGGUGAGCGUCGCGAACUCCGGAGCUGGCGGCGGCGGCAGUGUCGUCAACGUCAGUGGCGGCGGUGCCGGCGGCGGUCAAGGUCCGAAAGAGACGGGCUCGAUUACUCAGGGUACACCGGUGCACCCGUUCGCAGUGGAGAAACGCGGUGCACCCAUGUACGACUAUCGCACCAUCCGACAUUCCCCUGUAACCGGUGGCGGCGGAGGAAGCGUGCCACCGCCGGGACAGGGUCCAGGUGGUCAGCCCGCGUCAGCUGCCGUAGUAGUGAGUCACAGCGGUCAGUAUAACUCGUACUCAGGUCGGCCGCCACCUAGCUACACCAUGGAACAGCAAUUGUCCUCACGGCAGAUUAUUAUGAACGACUACAUUACCAGCCAACAGAUGCAUGCGCGCGCGAGAGGUAGCGCAUCUGGCAGCGCUGGUGAGACUGCUACAGGCAAAAGUAACGAGCAACCACCUCCUUCGACGUUAUACUACGCUAGCACUCCGCCACCACCGCCGCCACCUCAGACGCAUACGCAAACACGGCAGGGUGUCAUACAGAGGCACAACACUCAAAAACAGUUACACUAUCAGCCACCACCAGGUUUAGAAGCCUUCUCCAGUCUGGUAGACGUGGCGGUUCAACAACCUAGUCUUCCUGUACCGCACCCACACAGUCAUCCGACGGCAGCAUCAGGCAGCGGUGGUCACGAGGGUCUCGGCAAGACCAUGGCGGAUCGACUGUUGGCCGACCAUUACGUGGACAACAACAGAGCGUUCCGCGAGCAAGAGAUGCGAAUGCAGGAGCAUCGUAUGGUGAUGCAGGAACACAGAAUGGCGGUGGCGCAUCACCAUCAGCGCGACCGCGAGAGGGAGCGCGACCUGGUGCAUCUGCGCGAGAAAGAAGAGCACCGCUUGCAUCGAGAGAAGGAACUGCAGCAGUUUGAGCAUCGUUUGGUGGUGCAGCAGCGUGAGAAAGAGAUCCAGCAGCAGGAGCACGUGCGUCUGGCGCAACAGCGGGAGAAAGAUAUGCAGCACGUUGAACACCGUUUGCCCAUGCAGCAACGGGAGAAAGAAAUACAGCAUGAACAACAUCGGCUUACCGUCCAUCAACAGCGAGAGAAGGAGCUGCGCCAUCAAAUGGUGGUGGCCGCUGCGGCGCAACGCGAGAAAGAACAUCAGGAGCAUAGGCUGAUUGUGCAGCAGCAUCGCGAAAAAGAGAUACAACAGCAGGAGCAGAGACUCACGAUUCAUCAGCAACGCGAGAAGGACAUCCAGCGCGAGCGAGACUUGGCGCACCUCCAACAGAUGCAGCAGCAACAGCAGAUGCAGCAACAACAUCAGAUCCAGCAGCAUAUGCAGCAGCAGCGCAUAGAAGCGGAAAGAAGGCACAUAGUGCAACAAUUGUACAGAGAGCAGCACCAACAGCUUGACAGAGACGCGUCGCGACUAGUGAACAGUGGAUUCUCGCAGUCGCCGCGACUGACGCAGCAGCUGUCACAGCAGUCACAGCAGUCGCAACAGCAGCAGCAACAAUCGUCCAGGCAGAGUCAGUCGUCCAGCCAACAGCAGAACGACUCGUCAUCGACUCUAACCGCCGCUAGUCUAAUAGAUGCCAUCAUAACUCAUCAAAUCAAUCAGAGCGUUGAGAGUUCUGGCGGAAGUGGAUCCUCUGCUAAUCAGCCUACGCGGGCUGGUGAUCGACUUUUUCAGGGAUUUCAUCGUGAAGCCACGCAAGAAUCUAAUGGUAUCGCACAUAGUCCAGCUGGCGACGGGGGCAGUGCUGGUAGCGGUGCGAGUGGAAAUGGAAGUGGAAACAAUAAAGCGAUCACUCUCGGCGAGCAUGUCGAGCAUAUUGUGUCUAAAGAUUUUUGCCCACCACAUUCAUCUUACAGACCUUAUCCUGGAUAUCAAAUUCCUGAGGAUCAGUGGAAAAGACGAAAAAUGAAUGAGCCGGACUCGGUGAAAGCUGGGGAUGAACGUCAGAUAAUACGCGUCGCUCAACAACAGCAGCAGCAGACGCAGCAGCAGCAACAUCAAUCUGCAUCCUCCUCAGUGGGGAAACAGCAGUUCCAGCAUUCCGUCGAGCCGGUCUCGCCCCCAGAGGCGACCAGCAAUCACUACGGGCGUCGUUUCUACGAAUCGACCACUGCCACAUCCACUUCUGGUACACCCUCCAACAAGCCUCAUCUGUCGCCGUUAGACUACGUAAAGAACAAGAUCGUGGAAGUGAUGCGAACUGAGGAUGAUAAGGCUGGUGGCAGCGGGACCGCGGUUUCAUCCGAUAGGAAUGGUGGCAGCGGCAACGUCGUACCAAGCGGCGGCGGCGGUGGCGGUGGUGGCGGUGGCGGCGACAAAACGGCAGAGGAGAAGGCGGCGGCAGGCGCGAACGCGGAGAGGAGCCCGUCCGUCGGCGGUGUCGGCGGCGGCAGCGAGAUGGUUGGCGACGAGCCGACGCCGAACCGGACCACUCCGCAACCACCGCCGCCGCCCGCUCCGGCGCCAACAACCAAUUUUUAUCCGUUCAGCGCGCUAGGCGUGCACACAGGCCCACCACCGGCGCCGCCACCCACCGCCACGUCGACGGUCUCUGCCUCCGUCACCAAGUCCGAGCAGAUGCAGCCCGAACCGGCGCCAUUGCUUUCAGCGCAGUAUGAGCCGCUCUCGGAUGAGGAUUGAUAGUCGCGUCAGUCACGUGGUGCUACCGCUACUUACUGUUUUUUGUAAUUAGUUUGAAAGAAAUGCUGUGACAUGUUUCCGUAGGAUAUGAGUCCUACAGGAUAUUCGAGUAUUGGACGAUACACCGACACACGCUUAUGGACACCAGAGGCCACUGCGUUCUUUAUCGGUCGCCAAAUCCUAAUCUAAUUUAAGAGACUUCUUCUUUUUUAUAUAUACGCAUAUAUAUAUUAUAUAUAUAUGUAGAUAUAUGCAUAUAUACGAGAAUUUUCGAUCUCCCGAAACGAAUGGAGGUCUCGCAGUAUGAUGUUUUAAACAAAGUCCCAACAUACGUUAUUUUAUGUAAACUUUGUAAUUUUCAUUGUAUUUUUUAAUCAAAGGAUCAUUCCCGCGGUAAGCAAAAAAGGCGAACAUUUAUGAAAAGAAUAACUCGUUUUAUCGCCUUUCGUGGUGUGUCGCCGACUUUCGGUUAAACGCUUAGAAACAAACACUUUUACCUGCUAAUUAGUUGUAUGCGAUGUAUAAUUUAUAAUGCCGAUAUGGACACUAAAGUUAUAUAUAUAUAUAUAUAUAUAUAUAUAUAUAUAUAUAUAUAUAUAUAUAUAUAAAA